UUCACUUAUCAUAACCGUAGAGAGGAAGGCAACUAAACAAAAGCACAGCAGCUGAGCAGCACACCGAAUUCUGCAAGUGCAAUCUGUAUGCAGAGGAUUUCUUUGUGGAUGCGCCAUAGCAACCGAGCUGCAAAUCCGUAUUGCAAAUUAUUGGCUGAAACUGAAUUCAUGGCACACAGAAGACCGAGCAAAAGACGGACUACAGUGUACGACUGAGGGAAUUCUCCUGUUAGGAUCGUGACCGAUUUGUGACGCUUGGUUCCGAGGUGCUUAAGCUCACGUUGACAGACGCUGAGAUCAGUCCUGGGGGAUGACGCUGGUUGACGAAUGGAAGGACAGAGCACAUGCAUGCUGGAGACAACAUGAGCGUGAUCCUUUUGUGUCUAUUUGCCAUGCAUGAGCGACGGUGGUAUGGAGGAGAGGACAACGAAAAGAAUCCAUUCAUUUACCUCUUGGCUUGCCUUAAAAUUCCCCUUCUACUACACUCCGUUCACCUCCCCUCCCCUUUCUCUUUCUCGCUUUCACUCUCUCACUCCCUCCCACAGUUUCUCUCCUCCCUUCACUUAUCAAAGCCAGUAGCCUAGUAUUCUCUCUACAGCUGAUUCCUCUAUGGUCUCUUGGAAAAACAGCCUGCACAUCUCUUACUUCCUUCUUAAGGCAAGACCUUUUUAAACAUUUUUGUCCCCAGGACAGCAGGAUGCUUCCAUGCAGGCUUUGAUUUCUUUCUCUCCUUGUGCUUUCCCCUUCCCCUUCCCUCUCCUAAAUUCCUGCCCUUUGACCCUGACCCUCCCCUUUCCCCUCAAUUGCCCCAAACCCUCUAUUCCCUUCUCUAUCUUCACACCCACUUGACCAUGUUGCCAUGUGUCUGCCGGGUCCAUCCUCUCCUUGCCUUUAUCUCAUUUGCCUUGCUGACACGAGGGGAAACCUGUCCAGCCACCUGCAAGUGCCCGGACCCUCACACGGUAGAUUGUAGCGGUCGAGGACUCACUCGUCUCCCAGAGGAGAUCCCGCUGGAUGUGCGCAGAUUGCUGCUGUCCAACAACUGGAUUCCUCGCAUUCCUGCUGACUUUCUAGUGCUUUACAGUGACUUGGUAUAUCUGGAUCUCCGGAACAAUUCGCUCUCACACAUUGAACCAGGAACUUUGAGCACCUCUUCUAGGCUAGUUUUCUUGGACUUGGGCAGCAACAACCUGACUGAGAUCCCGAAAGGAACAUUUGGCGAGUCGCGAAGUCUCAUCAAGUUGCGCUUGGGCAACAAUCCUCAUCUGAGUAUGGUCAAUGAGGAUGCCUUUAGGGGCUUGACCUCACUACGAGAACUUGAAUUGGAGCGCAAUGCCCUUUCCAGUCUCGAGGUUGGUGCGUUGAGCCAGCUGCCUUCUCUGCGGGUUGUCAGGUUAGAGGGCAACCCUUGGGUGUGCAACUGCAACUUUGCCAACCUUUUCGCUUGGUUAGUUGAGAACAGCCACAAGCUUCCAAAUGGUAUCGACAGUAUGGAGUGCUCUUUGCCCACUGAUGGCCGCCGUGUGCCUCUCAGUCAGCUAUCCCAGGACAGUUUCCGGGAGUGUCAGAUCACCCUGACCCUCACCGACUUCCUCAUCAUCAUCUUCUCGGGCAUCUCCGUGUCCGUAGCGGCCAUCAUGGCCAGCUUCUUCCUGGCUUCCACCGUGCACUGCUUCCAGCGUUGGAGCAAAGGUACCAAAGGCGAGGAUGAAGAGAGCGAAGAAUAAGAAUUAGGAAAUCGGAUCAGACACAUCGGACUGUGUGAACAAUCAGACACCAGCUACAUGAACAAGAAAAGUGGAUGAGAAGAACAACACGGCACACCUGUACUACUAAAAUGGCUGAUUAUUCCCAUCAAUGGAUCAAUCCAUGGGUAAAACGGAAAACAUGGAAAGUAGCCAUAGUAUUUCAAUUUUGUGGUUAAAUUGUUACAUUAGGGUGUAAUGGAUUACAAUCAGUAUCAUAAUAUUCUAAGAUAUAAUUAAUAAUCUUAAAAAAUAGAAGACUUGCUGCUAUUUUAUUGUGCCAAAUUAGUGCGGAUAGGAUGGAAAGCCUAAUUAAGAAUGUUUUAAUAGAAACGGGAAAAGUUGCAGGUUGAAGGAAGUAAAAAUGAAAAAAUGGUAGGAAGGAAGGAAGGAAGGAAGGAAGGAAGGAAGGAAGGAAACCAUUUAAUCGUUUCCUAUUUUGUCCACAGGUUUAAAAUAAUCAACAAAAGCAUACAAACAAAAAUGUAAGAUAUCUACAGUAGAUAAGGAAUGAAAAGCUCAAAUGUUAAAUGCACUUUAAAAAAUAAAUGUCCUCCUACAUCCAGUCUUACCUACAGUAAUGGACCUGCCCAGAUCUGCCAAAGAUGAUACUCAGAAAUGACUGACAAUAAGAGUUUAAAAUGGUUUAAAAAGCUGGAGGUGUGUUGCAAAAUAUAUAUAUAUAUAUAUAGAUUUAUUUUUGCUUUCAGACACGUGUGAAUAUGUAUAAUCAAAUGACAUAUCUAAAUGUAUUUGCGAUACUGCUUAUUUAACUUCAGCAUCAUGCUUCCAGAUAUUCACUUAGUUAUGGAGGCAAGGAAAGAAAUACACUUCUUUCAUGUUGUGAUAUGUCAUUGCUUACAUCUUAUUGAAAGAAAAAAAGAAAAAAAAAAGAAAUAUUGGUAUAUCUGUUUAUUGUUGUCCUGUGUAAACUGAAGCAUUAUAAUUAGAUAAAAUUAAAUGAAAGUCAUAUAAUAAAAAAAGCCCUCAGUUUAGCAAUUUAGCUGUACAAAUUAGCCAAAAAAGCCAUAUUUCAUAAGAAUGUGUGAAUGGUUUUGACAAAGAAAACUGGAGCCAUAUUCCCCAUUGUGGGACGAAUAAAAGGUAUAUCUUAUCUUAUAUUAGAGAAGCAACAUGAAUAUUAAACCAAGCUAACCUUGCGUUUUUAUUAGGAAUAGGAAAAAAACUAAACUUAAUGAUUGAAAACUAAAUUUUGGUCCACUUUUUUCUCUGGAAUUGAGAAUUUUCCUAAAUAAAAUGUAAAAUGAACUUUCAUGCUAGUUAUGGAUUCUUAGCUUCCUGAUAAAUUUCUAGCUAAAACCCUCACUGUGAGGAAAAGUUUCCUAUAAAGAGAUGAACAGAAUUGCACUGAAAGUCUCUCACAUAGACUGAAUACAUUUUUCAGUAAGGAAUUUAGAUAGUUACAGGUUUUUGCAUUAGAAAUUUUAGAAGUUCUUGCUAAAGAGAAGCCUUAAGGUUCUACCAACCCCCCAAACAUAAAGAGGUUCUAGGUUUAUUUCUUUUCUUUAUGAAUAUACACAUAAUUAUUAUAAAAAAAAGACUAAUUCUUUAAAAAUUAAAAUGUUCCCUUUUUAAAUACAGACCAUUGUAGUUUUCAGUGAAGAGCGUCAUUGAAAAGCAAGAACCCACCAGAAACUGUUCUUUCUAACAGUCAUCCAUUUUUAUUUCAUUUUUGUUCCAUUUGUUUUCUUUUGUUUCAUGUUACGUGAUUGACUCCAUAUUGGCACCUUUAAGGAGAAUUUAUCACACUAUAUAUAACAGGGGCAAUAAAAAGCAAAUAAAUAAGUAAGUGAGUAAGUAAGCAAAUCAACAAACAAACAAACAAACAAAUAAAUAAAUAAAUAUCAAGUAUCCCACAAAAACUCUUACAAAAUUCAAUCAACCUUAUGUUUUAGGGUUACAUGUAAAAUCACUUCUGCUAGCUUGGGGCAAAUCAAAUGACUCUUAACACAAAAGCCAAAACAAGAUUACAUAUCGAUCCUAUUAUAGUCACAGUCAUACACAUGAAUGGAAGGGUUAAGGAGUUAAGUCUUCAAUAAUGAAAUGAAACUAUCAAAUAUUUUAAAAGAUGUGUAUUUUAAAGGGCAGUAAACAGCAACAAUAACUAAAAUAAUAAUUCGAUCGAUAUUUGUGUGACAGACUUUCUGCCCUUUCAAACUACAUUCAUUUCCACAAGUUCACUAUGGUGCAGAUUUAUAAAGAACUCAGCUGCUUGAUUAUUUCUGCAUCUUGGUGAACUUCUACAGCUCUUGUGCACAUAUGCUUCUGUAUGUGCAGGUAAAAAUCCCAGAACAGCCUCCACAAUGUUGAGAUCAGGGCUCUGUGGGGGCCAAAACCAUCUGCUGCAGAGCGCCGUGUUCUUCUGUUUCGAUAAAGCACUUGUAUAAUAAUGGAAUGAAUUUGAAAAUCUGCUCCUUUCUUUUCUAUGCACUAAUGCAGAUGGCAUAACAUAAGAAAAACAGAAGAUAAAAACUAUAUUUAAACAUUUGGUAGAUGCUCUUAUCCAGAGCAACUUACUGUAUGUGUGUUUUUUUAUACAACUGAGAAAUUGAGGGUUAAGGACCUUGUUCAAGAGCACAGCCUUGGACACUUGUGGUUGACCUGGGAAUUGAACUCAUGACCUUAGGAGCAAUGGGCCAACACUAUGCUACCACACCCCACUUAUAAAGCUUAUUGAAUAAUACAGAACAGUGUGUUCAGUAUACUAUAUUCUUAUAUAUUCUAGGUGACUGCAUCAUGAAAAGAAAACUUUUCUUUAACAAAUCUCCUUUUACAGCAAGUCAGAAUGAUUGACCCGUUUCUAUAAGCGCUCAAAACCAAGCCAUUGGAUUUGAACAAGCAGCGGUGAUUGCACCAAAUCACACUGAAUGGCAUCUUAAACUGCCUAUUUGUUUGGGACCGUAGUCAAAAUCUCCAUCAUUUUUCAUUUCCAGAGUUAGACAGAGUUAAGAUUUUCAUGAUGACUAAUAAGCUGUAUACCCUUGUACGCCCUAAUAUUGCUGAUUGGUUAUACUCAAUACAAUAUAUCUACCAAUACUCAGUGUUUAUGUAUUAGAAUGUAAAUUGUGGCCCGAUCAUCUUAAAUAUCCACUAAUCUUUCUCAUUGUUUAAAAGAACGUGUUCUCAAAAUUGUCAGAUAAGCUGCGAGAGAAUGUUCAGAGACGGGUUAUGCUGUAGAUGUUACGAUAAAUGGAAUAGUGUGAAGGUGAAUCAAAACGAUUUCCAAACCAAAUACUCUUCUGUAGCAGAAACUAUAUAUUUUGUUUUGAAUGCUUUCUAUGCAGCACGCUAUAACGACUGAAUUUGCAUGUAAAAUUAAAGCACACUUUAUUUUACAGUAUAGAUAACACUCAAAUAGGAAAAUACAGUGCAUAAGCCCCCCCCCCAUCAAAAUAUAGGUUUGUUUCUAGAGCGUUCCUACAAAUAUUAUCAUUUCAUUAACAGUGCCUCCUUGUUCGACAGAAGUGUAAAUGUGUUAGCAUUGAUUUGGUAAAGCUAAAGCCAGCUCUGCUUUCUGUAAAGAGAUGUUUGGAUGGAGUCUUUCUCAUUUCUGUUUUUUCCUCUCCUGAAAUUAAGACAAAAAGAGAGAAGCUGCUAAAGAAAAAAAAUGUUUUAUAGCAGUUCUAACAAGCUACUAGAGAAUUAUACAAGUAUUAUAAAGUGUUAAUUGAUAACCGGAAGAUGAAAUGCAACUCGAAAUGGAUCAAAAAUAUGGUAUGUUGUU